AUGGCGUCAACCACCGAAUCUCAGGAGGCCUGGUUCCUCAAGUCGUCGUACCCUGUCCUCUUUCCCUUCCACGAGUCCUUGAAGAAGCCCCAGGCAGAGUUCGAGAACUUCCUCCGGGAGGAGCUUCGUCGUCGCCAUGACGAGACCCCAGUGGAUCUUGGUACUGGUCAGGAUCAGGCCAUGACCGAUGCUGGCGAGUCAGAGACAUUCACUCUUGUCUCCAACAGCACGACAGGCGAGAUCCGGAAAGGCAUUGAUGCCAUGGAUUCUAAUCCCUUUAUGGAAGGCCUGGUGAGCUACGGCAAGGAAGAGCAGGAGCCUCCUCGAAACCUUGAGAACAUGAUGCAUACCGAAAACAGCGAUCUUGCAUACCGCUCCACCAAGGAUGCCCUCGUGGACCUCUUUCAGGAACUCGAGGAGGUCGUGUCUGGGCCACGUCUGGCGGAACUGCUCCCAGCCGCCUGGAAGGCGGACCCUCUAGAUACCCUCAAAAUCAUCUUCAAUGCCCGUUCCAUCCACUUGGGAAAAAGCUCAAGAGUCAGCUUUUACCGCUGCGCUGGGUGGCUAGCACAGAACCAUCCCGCAACCCUCGUCGCCAAUCUCCAGUGGUUGAGCCGCCCAGUCAUCGAAAAGAAGGCCAAGAAGGAGAGCGAAGACGACGCGGUGAUUGUCGACGUGAAGGACGAGGACGACCCCACAAAGUACGAUGUCAAGCACGGGGUGGCCCAUGGCUACUGGAAGGAUCUCCCCAACAUCCUUGCCCUGGCAGUCAACAAGAAGCUCGACGGGCUCUCGGAUCCUAAGAGCGUUCUCAACAGCAAGAAUCCUGGUAUUAUCCGAGGGAAGAGCAUCACAAAGACUCGCGGUCGUGGAGAGUUCAGACGGCAAACCAGAGACAACCGCUACGAGGCGGCAGUCAAGGCCUUCAACACGGAUCCAGUGUAUCGUGCCCUGCACUUGACCAUCGCCCGACUGUUUGCAGAGCAGCUGGAAAAGGACCUUUGCAUACUCCGAGGAGUUGAUGCAAAGGCAAAGCGCACCAUCUCGCUGUGUGGCAAGUGGGCUCCUUCGCACGACCACUUUCACGACAGGCACACCUUCAUUAUCAGCACCAUUGCCGAGAUUCUGUAUCCACGAGACUCUAUCCAGGACAACCGUCUUUCGCCAACGGACGACCGAGAGACGUACCUUCGAUUCGCACGCGAAGAGUACCGCAAGGACACAUCUGCUCUUCGGAAGCAUCUUGAGGUUGUCGAACGUGACAUUACACUCCAAAAGUUUGACAACAUCAAGUACGAUCGGGUCCCUUCUCUUGCCAUGAGUCAAUACUCGAAGCUUUUCAUCGAGAAGGAUAUGGACCAUUUUGGUGCAUAUAUCGACAAGGUCGCCGAAGGAAAGGCCAACAUCUCUGGAGCAACCCUGCUGCCGUCUACCUUGAUUCAAAAGGUGCGAGGGGGAAACUCGGGCAGCGGGAAUAACAGUGCACGCGAUCUUGUUGACCGAAAGGUCCAUGAGAUCGAGGCCAAGGUUGUUGAUGGGCAGUGGAAGACGCUGGUACAACGCAUCAAAGACUCGGGCACUCUCGAGUCUUGCAUCGCCGUCUGCGAUGUGUCUGGAAGUAUGACAUAUCCCAACUUCCCCGACAACACUACCCCGAUGGACUCGGCUAUUGGUCUGUCCCUUCUGAUUGCAGAGGUUGCGAAGCCUCCGUUCUCAGGGGCAUUCAUCACAUUCAGCGCCAGCCCCACCGUCGAACAAGUCGACCUCACCAAGCCUUUGGGAGACAAGUACCGGAACAUGCUGUCUUCGCAAUGGGGCAUGAACACAAACUUUGUGGCAGUUUUCGAAGAUCUCAUUCUCCCCAUGGCGAUCAGGAACAACCUGAAGCAGGAGGACAUGGUGAAACGUGUCUUUGUCUUCAGUGACAUGCAGUUUGAUGCCGCCUGUGGUAACGAGUCUUAUAGCUGGGAUGAGCAGCCGAAGAAGCCCGCUGAAUGGACCACGUCAUUUGAGCGAAUCAAGAGCAAGUACCAAGAUGCCGGUUACGAGAUGCCAGAACUGGUGUUCUGGAACCUGGCUGGGGGACGAGCGGGCUACUCGGGUGGAAUGGGAGACACCACGGCGCCCAAGCCCGUUACUGCAGAGGAGGAGGGAACUUGCCUCGUCAGUGGUUACUCGCAGGGAAUGCUCAAGGUGUUCCUGGAUGGAGGUGGUUUUGAGGAGCCAGAGGAGGACGAUGAGGAAGAGGAAGUGGUUGUGGACAAGGACGAGGAUGGCAAUGCCACAGAGAAGCCAACCAAGAAGAAGGCCAAGAUGGACCCUCUCAAGGUGGUGAAGAAGGCGAUCAGCCAUAAGGCGUAUGACAUGUUGAAGGUGGUGGACUGA